CUGGUGGUGUUGAAGGCACGGCACGUUGAAAAAGCCCAUGGAGAUGCAGAAGGACUUGGCACACGCAUCACUUUUAAAUGGAUUAUAUUAAAAUCAUGUAAUACGGACGUCUCUAAAGGUUUUUUUUGCAGACCUUGCAUAACUUUUGGGAAGCAAAAGAAAAAGUUGCCAGGCUUUUUUUUCAUUCAGACAUGGAAGCACUACUAUGAAGUGGAUGUCUUUGGAAAAAUGUCAAUCAAAAAUCCCAAGACACUGAAGUAAAUAUCAGAGGCAGAGGAAAGGACAGACAUGUGAAAGGCUACCAUGCACUGACAACAAGGAAUGGAAAGCAUCAAUGUGGAGAGAGACUGGGACGGUUUAAGCCUUUCAUCACUGAACAGCGCAGACAGAAACAACUCUUCCUCCUUUUUCGUGUCUGACCUGAACUCCUUCAACGGUUCUCACAGUGGAGGAUCCCUGUUUGGGAUCUUUGCAGAAAAUGGCUCCAACACUACUCCUCACGCCCUGCCCCAGCCCAGGAUAAGGGACCUGACCCUGGCUCGAGCUGAGAUUGCAGUUCUCGGCAUAGUGCUGGCCCUCACCACUCUUGGGAACAGCUUUGUCUUGUGGGUGCUUUUGAGGAGAAGGAAACACAAUGCACCUAUGCACCUGUUCAUGGUGAACCUGUGUGUGGCCGACCUGGUGGUGGCACUGUUUCAGGUUCUUCCCCAGUUGAUAUGGGACAUUACGGAACGUUUUCAGGGGCCGGACUUUCUCUGCCGAUCCGUCAAGUAUUUACAAAUUGUGGGGAUGUUCGCCUCGUCUUAUAUGAUAGUCGCCAUGACGGUGGACCGGCACCGUGCCAUCUGUUGCCCCUUGCAGGCCUACCGUGUCGGGGCAAUGUCCCGCUGGAACACCCCAGUCAUGGUGGCCUGGGUGCUGGCACUAGUGCUCAGCAUACCUCAGGUGUUCAUCUUCUCUCGAUCUGAAGUGGCUCCUGGAGAGUUCGAGUGCUGGGGACACUUCACAGAGCCGUGGGGGCUCAAAGCCUACGUCACCUGGAUGACCAUGGCUGUGUUCCUGCUGCCUGCCCUCAUCAUUACCAUCUGCCAGAUAAGGAUUUUCCGGGAGAUUCACAACAACAUUUACCUGAAGUCAGAAAGGACGGUGAUGGCUGAGGUAAAGAAGAGUGACAUCCUGCUUCGCUUCCACGGCUUCAAGAAGGAGGAAGAGCGUGCCAAGGAGACACAGACUUCCAGAGAAGCAGCAAUGGAUGAGAGUGAAGGGCAACUCUUGAGGGGUGUAAAUAAUAAUCCUCACAAUAACAGUAAUAGUGCUCAAGUGGGGGAGUGUUAUGACUGUGCACCAUCUGCUCUCCAGUAUAGUAGCUGUUGUGGUGAACGCAUGACAACAACAUCGCCAAUCCAGCAGCAAACGCUGCAUAACUCCGAUUUCCAGGAGCCCCACACCAACUCCCCUCGCUGCUCCCUUGAAUAUGCCCCCCCCCACUCUCCAGCCACCCCACCUCCAAGCAUCACUAAGGCCAUGUCCAAGACGAUCAGAAUGACGCUUGUCAUCGUGUUGGUGUACACAAUCUGCUGGUCACCGUUCUUCAUAGUCCAGCUGUGGGCAGCCUGGGAUCCCAACCCUCCAGACCAAGGAGUGGCCUUCACCAUCCUGAUGCUGCUGGCCAGUCUGAACUCGUGCACUAACCCUUGGAUAUACACAGCUUUUUCCAGCAGUGUGUCCAGAGAGCUUCAGAACCUUCUACACUGCCGGUCACGACUUGGCCGAAGGGGUUCCCUGCACGAUGACUCUACUACCACACACACCUUCACCACCAAGGACAACCUAUACUGACAAGCUCACGAGAUGGAAACAUUCACACCUCUCAAAAAUGAAUGGGUGUAGACCCAUCUGAUUCAGGGACGCGUUGCUACCACCCCACCAUUGAUAGGAUCCAGGCAAAAGAACAGACUGACCUCCAGCAGAUGUUUUAUGGGAACAAAGGACAGCUGUUCUGUCAGCAGGACAUCUCUGUUUACCCAAAUGCUUCACCCUAGCAGUGAGGGAAGUUGUCAUUGAAGAUGACAACACCCUGCGCAGUGCAGCAAAAAGGAGAUUUGCACUGCUGUACUUGAAGCUGUACCUUCAGAACUACACAGUCAAAUCAGAGCAGGAGAAAUGCAAGACAUCUC